AUGUCUUUAUAUUUUGCUUUUGGCAAAAUAGCCGUUCCCUUUACCAAAGUGAUAAACAAUGAAGGAUGUGGUAAAAAUGAAUCCACAGUGGAUGAUGAUAGCGUUUUUUUACCGAGUAUAUUGUUGACACUGAUGAUAUUACCGGCAUUUAUAAUUGUCAAGGAAUACCUUUGUGGAGCACAACUCUUUUACUUUAUAGCCUUUGACUUGGUGAUAGCUAAAAUGGAAUAUUUGGGUUGGUCUCGUUUUGAUCUGGGCCUAUUCUUUCUUAAUCAAUAUUUUAAUUGCGUAGUGCCUAAAUCGCAUUUACAUAUUUAUCAUACUUUACCAGCCACGCAUUGCGGUCAAUCAAGGCAAUGA